AACCAGAUGCGCACUGAUGUGAGAUGUUAAACCGAGCGGAUCUCCUGUAUGAUGGAUCUGGAAGAGGCUUUUCAGGUGGUCGGAGAGUUCGGAAGGCACCAGAAGCGGAUGGUGGCGGUGCUAACGCUGCUGCAGAUCUACAUGGCAUGCCAGUCCAUGCUGAUCGUUCUGGUGGGUGCCGUUCCUGAGUACCACGUGGAGCCUGUCACGCAGAGCGGCGGAGGAGAUUCGACCCAAGCUGUCACGUUCACGGAGGAUCUCAGCUCCAUCGUGACUGAGUGGUACCUGGUGAAGCAGCAGGCCUACAAAGUCAACCUGGCAGGGUCGCUGUUCUUUGCCGGCGUGCUGCUGGGGAACAUCCUGUUCGGCCCGCUCUCAGAUAAGAUCGGCAGGAAACCCAUCUUUCUCUCUGGUCUAUUUUUCGAGCUGCUCUUCGCGUUCGGCAGCGCACUGGCGCCCAGUUACGAGCUCUUCGCUCUGUCGCGGCUGAUGGUGGGUCUGAUGAACGGCGGUAUGGCGCUCGUCUGCUUCAUCCUCUCGCAAGAGUACGUGGGCAAGGCCUACUGGGCUCUGACAGGAACACUGACCAACAUGACCUUCGCUGUGGGCAUCGCUCUGUUCGCCGUUCUCGGGUACUACAUCCGGCCCUGGAGAAACCUGGCAACAGCUGCAAACUGCCCUGGCGUCCUGCUCUUCCUGUUCUGCAUCGCGUUGCCCGAGUCUCCGCGCUGGCUGUACUCUCAGGGCCGAACGGCGCAGGCUGAGAGCGUGCUGCAGGAUUUUGCCCGAAAUAACGGAAAGGGCUGCGUAACCCUGAAGCUGCGUCGUGCACCCGGGACGUCCGGCCGAGCGGGACCCAGCUCGGGACUCCUGCAGCUGGUAACGCACCAGGUUCUGCGCUGCAGGACCGUCGUGCUCAUGUACGUCUGGUAUGCGUGCAGCCUGGUGUAUUAUGGCCUCACGAUGAACGCGAGCGAUGAUAAAGGCAGUCGCUACCUCACUGUAGCCAUGUACGGCCUGGUGGAGCUGCCAGCCUACCCGCUCUGCAUGUACUUCAUCAACAAGUCCUGGUCGGGGAGACGCAAAUCUUUAGCCAGUUUUCUGAUCCUGGCUGGCCUGUGCUGUCUCCUCUCUAUGGCUCUACCUGUUCAGUCUGGGACUUUGGUCAGUGGCAGCUCUUUAGCUCUGUUGGGAAAGCUGAUGGUCAGUGCUGCGUUCAACAUAGUGUACGUGUACUCAUCAGAACUCUACCCCACCGUUAUCAGGAACGCAGGUCUGGGUGUGUGUUCCAUGUCCUGUAGGGUUGGAGGCAUUUUGGCACCGUUUGUACCCAGUAUGAAAGUGCUGCAUGCAUCCAUGCCGUUUAUGGUGUUCUGCCUGAUUGGCGUCUCAGCUGGAGCACUCGGGCUCCUUCUCCCAGAAACGCUCAACAAACCGGUGGCUGAGACACUCGAGGAGCUCUCUGCUCCCACAUACCAGCGAAUCCUCGACUCUCAGGUUCAUCUGCUGGAGGAUGAGAACCUUUCGAAACACACAGGAUCUGAAAGCGAAUGAAGCGGCACAUAAUGACGCUUGGACUGAAAAAAAAAAACCGAUGCCUUUCAUUUGUGUGUGUGUGUGUUAGAUCAAGCCAAACAAUGUGCAGUGCCUUCAGUGAUCUCAAAGCCGAGAGGAUCAACAGUACAACAAUAAAUGCGCUUGCUUAUCCAUUAGAUGACGAGGAGACCAAAUAAUGACUGUAUAUAAUAGUUCUCGUCAUCUUACAAACUGCUUAAUGUGCUGCUAUUUUUUUACUUCUGACCAACAGCUGAUACAGACAAAUGUUUGGAUCUACAUCAUCGCUCAGUGCAAAAGUGAAUUUUAUCAAUGAUUGUGCAUCAGUACACACUACAAUAUUGAUGAAUGACAGACGUUAUCUGUAACAUAAAAUGUUCUUUUAUAUUUAUAAACAUCUCAAAUGUCCAGUGUGACAAAGCAUAA